AUGACUGUUGACGGCUGCUCGGGGCCACCAUCAACUCAAGGCCAACUUACACCUGCACCAGGCUCGGGACUACCAUCAACUCAAGGCUCAGCCAACUUACACCUGCACCAGUGUCGGGGCUACCAUCAACUCAAGGCCAACUCACACCUGCACCAGGCUCGGGGCUACCAUCAACUCAAGGCCAACUUACACCUGCACCAGUGUCGGAGCUACCAUCAACUCAAGGCCAACUUACACCUGCACCAGGCUCGGGGCUACUAUCAACUCAAGGCCAACUUACACCUGCACCAGGCUCGGGGCUACCAUCAACUCAAGGCCAACUUACACCUGCACCAGGCUCGGGGCUACCAUCAACUCAAGGCCAACUCACACCUGCACCAGGCUCGGGGCAACCAUCAACUCAAGGCCAACUCACACCUGCACCAGUGUCGGAGCUACCAUCAACUCAAGGCCAACUUACACCUGCACCAGUGUCGGGGCUACCAUCAACUCAAGGCCAACUUACACCUGCACCAGGCUCGGGGCUACCAUCAACUCAAGGCCAACUUACACCUGCACCAGUGUCGGGGCUACCAUCAACUCAAGGCCAACUCUACACCUGCACCAGUGUCGGGGCUACCAUCAACUCAAGGCCAACUUACACCUGCACCAGUGUCGGGGCUACCAUCAACUCAAGGCCAACUCACACCUGCACCAGUGUCGGGGCUACCAUCAACUCUAGGCCAACUGAUACCUGCACCAGGCUCAGGGCUACCAUCAACUCAAGGCAAACUCACACCUGCACCAGGCUCAGGGCUACCAUCAACUCAAAGCCAACUCACACCUGCACCAGGCUCGGGGUUACCAUCAACUCAAGGCCAACUCACACCUGCACAAGUGUCGGAGCUACCAUCAACUCAAGGCCAACUCACACCUGCACCAGGCUCGGGGUUACCAUCAACUCAAGGCCAACUCACACCUGCACAAGUGUCGGAGCUACCAUCAACUCAAGGCCAACUCACACCUGCACCAGUGUCGGGACUACCAUCAACUCAAGGCCAACUCACACCUGCACCAGUGUCGGGACUACCAUCAACUCAAGGCCAACUCACACCUGCACCAGGCUCAGGGCUAGUGACAGCCAAAGCUAAUCAACCACGUCCAGCGGUCCAGUACAACUUCAUCAAGGUGGAGCAGCAGGUGACCGUACCUAAAGCCGGGAAUCUGAACAUUGGAGGAACUCAGAACAUUGGCAAAGCCGCCCCAGUCAAGGAGGACGAGGAACCACAUCUAACUACAAUACAGAAACUAAGACAAAGAACCGAAACAAGGAUUCAGACUUGGACAGAAGAUAUGGUGAAAACGGAGGCUCUCAAGAAGGUGACGGAUAAACUCGAUAAAGGUGCCAGUUGGAUAACCAUAAAGGGAAGCCCUGGAGAAGGAAAGUCCACAAUGGCUUACAUGGCUCUCAAAGAUCAGUACAUCAAAGGGAGACAAGUCUACCAGGUGGAGUCACCAACAGAGUUUGCUGAGGUCACUAUGACCUGCUCCAGUCCCCUUGUAAUGCUGGACGACAUAUUGGGAGACUUGGAAUUCAGCGUUGUGGAAUGGUCCAGGUGGAGGCCGGUGCUGCGUCCAAUUCUGGAUCCCGUGGAACACUACAAGGAACACAAGGAUGAAGAGCAAUCUAGGAAGCUGACAAUAAUUCUUGUUGGGCGUGAUUAUGUUCUGCAAUCUUCUGUACCAGACUUAGGAAGACUCGCAACAUUCAUCACCAGCAGCAGCUACGUGAUCGAGGUAUCAUUGGAGAGAAAAGUGGAAGAAAAGAAACAAAUUUGGAAUGCAUUGGCUCAAGGGUUACAUUUUGAUAAGGAAACAGUAGAACAGUGUUGUUAUAUCGACUGUCCGCACGGAUUCCCUCAUGUUUGUAGAAUGUUUCUCAGAGCAUACAGCAACGACAGUCAGAUUUCAAUGAAGGAAUUCUUCAGCAAACCUCUCGAUUUCCUGAACCAGACAAUGAACAAGCUGAUUAACGAUAGCAUAAAGCGUAAGGUGUUCAUGAUGAUGAUCAAAGGUGAUGGGAAAGUGUCAGAAAAUGAGUUAGAUGCUGAUGAGGACCUUGGCUAUGAGUGUUUAACAACUGCAAAUGAUCUGCUUGGGUCGUAUCUCAAAAGAGAGGAGGACACGUACACGUUCGACCACCCUUCCGUCUAUGAUAGUGUUGCUUUUAUUCUCAGUAGAAAACAUACACGAUUUGUUAUCACCAACUGCAGUAUAGCAUUCAUCCACCAAAGACUGCGCUUUGAAACUGCCCAAACAGGCAGUACUGAUGGCGAGACGGGGUUAGUGGCACAUAUUCCCAGACUGUACGUUUCUGAUUUGGCCAAGAGAUUUGCUUUUGAGAUCUUGAACAGGAACUUGGUGCUAGUGCUGUCUCACAGAGUGUGUGGAGAUGCUGAGUUUAUUCAAACUUUCAUGGACACUCUGACAAGGGAUCAUCCAAUAUCUCUGAAUGAUCUCAUCACAUACACUGAUCAGAUAUCAGGGGAUUCUUUCCUGGAAUUACUUCCCAGCAGCAAGUCCUCAAACAUGCUUCGUUAUCUCAUGGAGGAAGGCAACGUUGCUCUCAGCCGAGAACAAACAAGUGAACUUAUGUUUGGUGUCUGCAAGCAUUCUGCUGGAAAUGUCUUGACAUAUCUGACUGAACAUAAGGCAAUAGACAUAAACACUACAUAUGGAACUGUCAGAAAAACACCCUUAAUGAUUGCCGCGGAAACAAAGGACACUGACUUUGUUAUGCAGAUUCUUUCCUAUGGACCUGACCUAUUUACGUCUGACCGCUGGGGGAAGACUGUCUUGCAUUACUUGUGUGAAUACGGCCAUACAGCAGCUGCUGCAGUUGUUACUGAUGGAGAGGUAGAUGUCAAUGUCACAGACACAUUUGGGGAAUCUCCGCUGUACCUGGCAUGCAGAAGUGGCAAAGAGGAGUUGAUAACGCUAAGCUGCAAGACAAGGGAGCUCGUGUGUCUGGGGAUGUCGUGUGCAGUGCAUGUCAAAGUGGAAAAACUGUCUCUAGUACAGAUCCUGUUUGAAAAGGGCGCUUCCAGUCAACACGUUGUCUCUGGGUGGCGACAGCCCUUUCACUCAGCCUGUAAAGCUGGGGAUAAAGAAACUGUGAAGUUUCUAUUUCAGAAAGGAGCAAACAUGGCCAUGGUUUCGUCUAAUGGUGACACGCCUUUCCAUUCUGCAGCUGGCGGGGAAGGCCUGAAUUGUUAG